AAAUUAACAUGCAAUUGUUCAAGGUCUGUGUAGUGCAGCAGAAUAGUUCAUACCGGCAAGGGUAACGGUAGCUAGCCGGCAGUAGUAGUUAUAGCCGUAGUAGCGGCGGCCGUUCGUUAACGUUGUGGCAGCUAGCCCUCUCCCGACGAGCCCUAUCUGAUCGGUAUCCGUACUGUGUGCGUGUGCUGGGAAUGGCAGCGGUAGCGGCGCCGGUGGCGAAACGGACGGCCUGCGACAACGGUUGCAUCCCGCUGGGCCGCUACGAGAGCUGCGGCGAGGACCCCAACGCCUUCGCCUGGUUCAAGGCCAUCGGUUACACGGAGAGCCUGUCGCGCAAGUGCGCCGACAACCAGAUGGUGGUGACGUUCAGCAAGGGCGGCCUGGAGAAGGAGUACGUGAUGGGCGUGGCCUUCCCGGCGCCCAACAUCAGCUGGGACACGCGCUUCGUCCUCGGCCAGGAGGUGGAGACCCGCGGCGCCGACGGCGCUCCCCUCAAGAGCUCCUUCGUCUUCUUCCCCGACACCAACGAGCUGGAGGCCAAACACCGCAAGGACGGCUGCUGCAGCUACGCGCUGCGCUACACCUUCCGCGGCAACCAGAUGACCAUCACACGCACUGCCGGCGGCGUCACGUCCGUGCGCAAGUUCAACAAAGCCUGACGUCAGCGAUAAAAACUGCAUAUUAUAACUUCCAGUGGAUUAAACCAACAACGGCAUCAAGACGACCUGUACACAGCCGCGUAGUACGCGCUUAUGUCGACGCAUGUACCGCAUAUAUAUAAGUGCUGCGCCUUACGCAUUUUCUGAAGCUAAACGCCAAUAACAUGAAUAGUAUCAGUUGGGACCGGAAAUGCCGGCGGUGAAAUGACAUUAUGAACCCCAAUCGUGUAAUCAGUUUUAAUUGACCGAUUGUGAACAAGGGCAACAUGUGCUUGCAAUAAUUGGGCGCUGCUUGUACAGCACAGCAUACAGAUACUGUAUUAAGUGGCUUCUAUGAAGCAAACCGUUAAU